AUGUUCGAGCUGGAGGUGUUGGUGGAGGCGGUGCGGGUGGCGGCGCCGGGCCCCAUGGUGUGCCCGGCCGUAACGCUGCGCCUCUUGGACUUCCCCACACUCCUGCUGCGCCCCGCCACCGGAGCACAGCCCCUGCGGCCGGGCCGGGCCUUCCCCUUCGGCCGCGGCAAGCGCUGCCUCUUCCGCUGGUGCCGGGGCUCACUCUGCGCCGCGCUCCGCCGCCGGCCGCUCCGCGUCCUGCUCCUGGCGCUGCCCGCCGGGCUCGGCCCAGGGCCCUCCCGCCUCCUCGGCAGCUGUGGUGUGUCCUUGGCCCCCGUCGCCGCUGAGUUGCUGCAGCAGCCCGGGGCGCCUGCCUCCUGCUGUCGCCGCGGCCGCUUCCCUUUGCGGGACACUGCGGGCCGCCCCGUCGGGGAACUGGUACUGCGCUACCGGCUCAGCAGCCUGGAGGCGGGUGAGCAGCCGUCCCCGCCGAGCCCCGUUAGCCCCCGCGCUGCCACUCCGCCUGCCACCUCCCCUGAGCCGGGGAGCGAGGAGGAGGAGGAGGAGGCGGGCGAGGAGCUGGAGGGCAACAUCUUUUGCCCUCCCAUGCUCUAUUACAGCCAUGAGCCUGCUAAGCCACAUAUGCCACCAGCAGCAGCGGCUGCAGGGCAGUGGGAACGUGUCGAGGCCUGGGGACCACAGGAGAAAGGCAAGGACCAGAGCCCCCCACGUCCCAGUGCUGGGCCCUCGUUGCUGCACCCAGCCAGCCCUCCACAGCUCUGCAGUGUCCUGGGGCAGCUGCCGGUACUUAGUGCCUUGAUGGCGGAGUUGUCAGUGCUCACCCACAGUGCUAUGCCUGGUGCUGUGCAUCCCCCUCUUGCCUGGCUCUACCAGGCUCCAGGAAGCAAUGGCAUUGCCUCACAGGCUCCCAGCCCCAGCCAUUCCUCUGCCCUCAAGCCUGCAGAGGCACCUGUGGGGCCUGGUGAGAGCACUGGAGCUGCCAACCCUCAACUCAAGCAAGGCCAUCAAGAGGCCAUCUCUGUAGCAUCUUCUCAGGUUGGGAGAGCAUCUAUGAAAGCUGUACCCCAGGUGGAGAUGGGCUCUGCAAGGAACUGUGGAACUAAGGAAAACAGACCUCCCAGAAAGAAAUUGUUGUAUGGGCUGACAAAUACACUGAGGCUACGGCUGCAGCAAACCAACCCUGAUAAACUGAUAAUUCAUGAAAGGAGAGAGCAGUACAGAAAAAAGCAAAUACAGAUGAUGAAGGAGAGAAGCCCUUUAUCCAACAGAAAGCUGGUCAGAAGUGCUGGAGAGCAGCAUGUGAUUUCUUACAGGCAUUGUAGCAAGGGAGACAGUUCAAAGCAUAAUAAUCAGUUCAAUAAAGCUAUUCAGACUGCAUUACAAAACAGUGCUCUCCCAGAGUCCAUUUCUGUGACACAAGAUAUGUCCCCUGACCUGCAGAAACAAGCCACUGCAGGUCUAUUGAAGAGUGAUGAAACUGCAAGCAAGGAACAUCCAUGCAAAAUAUCUACAGCCCCCUUACUGGAGGAAACUGUAUUAAAACCUGCUCACAAGGAAAUGCAUGAAAAAACGGAACUCCCAGAAGCUCUCCCAUCAGAUGCUAAUGCAAAGAAAAGUAAUGAGGAGGCAAUACACUUCAUCCAUCCUAAAACAACGGAGCAUGAUAAUGUGUCUGUAAUAAGUGAUCAUAAACCAGGCCCCAGCAGGAGUGCUGAAGACAACUCUGAAUUUAUUUACUCAGAUGACUUUGUUACUAGUCCUGAGAACACAGUUUAUUCAGAAGAUUUCACCAGUGCUGAGUGUACGGACAGAGACUCGGAAGCUCUUGACAGUAAUCCUGAACCUCUGUGGCCUGAAAGCCCAAAGCAAGGUUGCUCAGACACAGAGCUGGAAUCCAGCAGGUCCAGAAUUUCAAAGACAAGUCUAAGAGCUGAAAGUACUUCAGAUCUUCUGCCAGUUCCUUCAGCUUUAUCUCCAGUCCAGUCUUUGAAGAAACACCGUGACUUAAAAAUCAGCAAAAGAACUAGCAGUGAAUCUAUUGAUUCUCUUAACCUUGUUUGAACAGAGGUGUUGUUGUUAGAUGGAGAGCAGGAAGCCUGAUAGAUCAGCUUCACAUUGAACCCCUUAUGUUUGAUCAGCCUGUCAUCGUCAAGGAAGAAGGGUGAUCAGCAUGUUAAACAAGUAUCUAUGCUGAGAAGCAAAAAAGUUGAUUCUCAUACUGAUCUGAAUAUAGGAAAGGGGCAGACCUCUGCAGGAAAAAGCCAGUCAGUAACUCAAGUUAGCUCUUGCUUUAACAUGUCUGAUCUUGAACUUAGUGUCCUGGAAAAUAGUAUGCCAAAGAGGAUGAUUUUUUUUGGGGGGGAAAGUAUGUCUGCUUCACAGGCAAGAAAAAGAGAAGACAGAUGAAGGAUCAAAUCUUGUCUCACUAAACAGAAAACCCCGGUUUUGAAAUCUCAGAUUUUUGAGCAAGAAUAGCUUUUUUUAUUCCACAUGCAUUCCAUCCAUGGUUCUUUGUCAGAGUUUCAGGAAAGAUUAUUAACUAGUACUCUAAUUACAGUGUGGGCCCUUACCCACUGUGAGACUGAUGUAAAACCAACAUGGUUUCUUGCAGUCCCCCAGGCAUCUGCCUGUAAGAGCUUUCUGUUGUUACUGCAGGUUGAGCAAUCCCAUAAACACGCAGUUUCAUUUACGGCUUUGUUACAUGCUUGACAGAGUCAAUGGCUAGUCACAAAGUAUCACAAAUCCAAAAUAUUUACUAAAAGCUCCCUAUUUCCUAAUCUCCCAUAGCCCUCAGAUUUCAUAUACAACUGUAUUUUCACAAAAUUUACAGUAGUUUUCAUUUUGGUCACAUUGACUCUUAACUCCUUGUUCCACACUAUUAAGCAGUAAACUAUAGUUACUUCAAACUGAAGUUUUGUGGUGGUGUUAGUUACACUUCAAACUUUACUACAAUGAAAUUAGAAUAUAAAAAGUAACUACCUAAGUGUUAUAGAUCCUCACUAAACAAAGCCAUCUAACUUCUUACUUUUGACUUGUUACUUUAGCAACUGGUCUUUGUUUUAAGUCUAUACAGUAUUCUAGAAAUAAGGUAGAUGGCUGUUCCAUGAACCCCCAUAGUUUUAUUGCUUAAGAUAAGGGUGAUUAAGCAAAUAAAAUUGAACAUAAUGUUUCACCAUCAAUCCCAAAGUGAGCAAUAAACUCUUUGAUAUACACAUUAAUUCUCAGAAUUUAUGACCUAAGCCAAGUUUUCUAUGACUGUCUUUUAAACAGUUAUUUCAGCAUGCUAUUUAGUAAAAUAAAUUUAGAUAGCCAGUAUAACUGUGUAACUGAUGGGAAGAGCAGGAUAUCAAAUACUGACAAGUUGGGUCAUUUUACCUCUUCAACUGUAAUGUUUUCCUGCUGUUAAGUAGUUCUGAUCAGUCUCAGCCAGUGGCUAGGAACAUUUUUAAGAAGUCUCAGCCAAGCACGUUUCCUCCACUUCAGUUUUUAUUCCUCAGCUCCUGGCACUCUGAUUGUGUUUGUGAUUACUCUAAUGAAAGUUCCUACCACCUAUUUUACAACCUUUAAUCCCUUCAUCAUUGUGGAAUUUUCUUCCUUCAGUUUUCUGAAAUUACAUCCAGCUUUGAUAACUGUGCAAUUGAUUUUUUCCAUUGAGUUACUCAUACUCUUAGUACCUUCAUUUUCUAGGUCCCAGUAUUUUAUGAUGCCUGCUGUUGUAAUCAUUCUGUUUCUCUUCGUGUAAGUGCUGUUUAGAGUUAAAUGCUAGUAAUUAUUUGAAAAUCUGUGAGACUUUGCUUCCCUUUUCUCAGCAUUUGUCAACAGCAUCUACUUUACUGCUUGCUCAGCUUUGUUUGUCUAGAAAGAAGUCAAAUUAUUGGAUCUUACAUUCCCAUCCUUAAAAGGUUUUGUUGACUUCUACAUGCAAGACCUUCACUAGCUCCUAUGAAAUAGCACACUGCUUAUUUAGAGCUGCAGAAUGACCAUCCAGGACUGUGAAUAUUUGCUUGUGGUUAUCAGACACCAGGUUUCUCUGGGUCUCCCAAAUGUUGCCAUUAAUCCUUUUUUAAAGCUUAGAUGUCCAAACUAAUCUUUCACUUAAGAUGACUGAGGCCGUCUCUGUGAGAACAGAUGCUGGCUUUAUUUUAACGUGCAUUUAGAGCUAAUAGCUGUCACAUCUGCUAUAGCUAAUGUUUGCUACCAGCUAGCUGCUUGUAUUUUCCAUCCUCCAUUUUAGUCAGUACACUGUUUAAUUUUAAUUUCAGUUUUGUUCACAUUCAGAUUCUUCCCCCAUUUUAAAUUCCUUGUAUGUAUGCAGCUCCAUUACGUUGAAGUCACCCAGAUGAGCUGCAACCACUGCCUCUUUCUUGUUUGGCAUUGACUUACCUGUAUUAAACUGAUUUUGUUUUGGUUUGGCUUUUAUGAUUUCAUUUGACUGGUUUUUAUAUGACAACUGUAAUGUAAACCUUUCCUAACUUUAUGGAUUUUCCCAGAAGGGUAGUCAGUGUUCUCUAUUGGUUUCUAGAGGAUGAAUUUGAAUGUCUCAUGCUGGAGAAAACAGCAUUAAUCUUCAGUUCUGCAGAGACCUCUGCAAGUGAUUCACUUACCAAUUGUUUAAAAUAACAUGGCUUGCUAGAGGAAAUGUUCAAAUAACAUUGGAGAUACAUGUUACUCCUAACUAAAUUAACAUUUAAAGAUUGAUUGAGGUACAGUUAAUUAAGAAUUAAAAAAGCCAACAAACCAAAGCCACAAAACAAAACCUUAAAUGUUAAGUAAAAAAAUCUCCAGAUGUACAUUAUUUAUGUUUAUUCUAAUCCUAGACAUUUUUCAAACAUUUUGAAUGAUAGCCUAGUAAAUUUCCUUCAUAUGUAGCAGUAUCUGAACUAAAUCAGCUAGGAAUUUGGUUCUUUACAUAUCCAUUAACAGAAGGUAGCAGGAUUUCAAAAGGAAGUAAAGGUACUUACAUGGUCAGAUCCCCUGAAAUUCCACAGGGAUUAGUCACUUACAAAAGGUUGCAGAGUGGAAACCAGUGCAGAGCACUCUAACAGUAUUAUCUCCUGGAAUGCAAAAAUGUUUUUGGAAGAAGAUAAGUUAUGCUUCAACAAAUAUUUUCAGGGCCAUUUGGAAAGUUUAAUGCUAUCAUGAUUGAAAGAAACUCCCUUGGUGUCAAGGAAAUUCCAGCUCUUUUUCUCUUGUCUUUAACUGUUGGCAGAUUGAGUAUUUUUCCUGUUUCAUGCUUAUGUACUAAGAGCACAUACCCUUUGAUUCUCCCCUAAAUUUCAGUGCCACCAUGCAGUUGUGUCUGGUAUUCCUCACAGUAUCUCCAGAACCUUCCCCCAGAAUCCCUGUUCACCUUGAUGCCUUGCCUAUUCCAGCUUCUCCUCAUGACAUAUUUCAUGCAAUCUCUAGAACUCAGCUUGCCCUACUUAUCAUCAAAAAAGUCUCCAGACACUUCUCAGAUACCUUCAUUGGCUUGUUCUCAUCUUUGACAUCAAACUGAAGCUCUGCUAAUUGUCUGCUGGGCUCUGCAUAGUUUAUUCCCUUCCUAAUUCCCUGCACCUUAAUUUCCUACUCUGUGCCCAUUUGUAUGUAACUCUUCCAUUCUCAAAAAAACUCCCUAAAAAAUCUGGGAAUUGCUGUACAUCUGUUUCCUUCCUUCAUCUCAGUUCUGCUCUUUCUGCCUGUGGGUAGCUGCAAUGUUUUGAGUUACUGUCCACAGGAACAUGCCAGGUGUAAGACAGAAACCACCAGAUCACGGUCUUUGCAGUCCUUUAACAUUUCUUCUUACUCCUUUAACAUUUCAUCUUCUUACCCCUGACUGCUGGUAUCAAUACUAGGAUACAACUAUACUAAUGAUAAUGCUGAUCAAAAUUUAAUAGCAUAUGUAGUGAAGGAAACUUCAGGAAAAAAGGUCAAACUUUGCUAACCUAGAACACAAGGGAAGCUCUGUUACACCACAGGAUGCAGUUUUAAUUUUCUUAUCCGUAGCUCUAAUAAGACUCAGCAACAGAAUUACUGUAUGUAAGAAAAUCUAGUUUAUAAUUCAUAGCCAUAAUUCAUAGACAUUACUGUACUCUUCUGAAACAACAGUUAACAACCUUUUGAUUAUUGCAGGUCUGUCAUCUCCCACUGCUCAUGUAAUGCUACUUUACAGCCCUCUGAACAUCGUGCAGUUUCAUUUGUAAAUGGAAGAGAUGUGUAGGGUUUCUUCAAGAUAAGCAUCUAACCAGUUCAACAGGCAAGAACCUGAAAACAGCGUAUUUGUGUACAUU